GAUGAAGAACGCCAUAAGACGGCAGAACUCAGUCACGAACGAGACGAAGCACUGAUGCAAUUGGAUUUAUGGAGGAACUUGGUUAUUCGACUACAAUCUUUCAAUCAUCCUGAGCUCAACCUUGUUCCCAAGUUCGAAGACCUGGCGCUCUUACAGUUACAACAAGUAGCUAUCUGUGCUAGAUUAGAAGACCUGGUGCUCUUAUAGUUACAAGUAGCUAUCUGUGCUAGAUUAGAAGACCUGGUGCUCUUACAGUUACAAGUAGCUAUCUGUGCUAGAUUAGAAGACCUGGUGCUCUUACAGUUACAAGUAGCUAUCUGUGCUAGAUUAGAAGACCUGGUGCUCUUACAGUUACAAGUAGCUAUCUGUGCUAGAUUAUAAAGAACUGAAAUAUGCGAGUAACUAGUGAAAAUAAUAGCUAGACUAUAAUAUCUGUAUCUGUUACUUCUGCUACAUCUUCAACAACUGGGAAAUCACAACAUCAACCCUGCUUCCUCUAACUCGCGAAGCCAAAGACCGUUUGGCAGAUGCAGAGUCUAGACUUGGUGGAGAGCUGGACAAGAAAAUUGCAGAGGCAGUGGCAAAGGCAGAAGAAGAACUGGAGAAGAAGCUCACGAUGAAUUUCACGACGAUGUUGACGAGGGAGAGGGAUAAGGUAUCAAGUAUACCUUUGUUGAGUGAGAGUGUUGACCACAAGUUUUUCAAUGGGGGUGGAGGUUUGACGAGCACAACCGUUAUUGCCAUGCACGACCACGACACUCCGAAAUUACACGAAAUUGUUCAGAAAAAUAUCUACAACAUCUGUAGCAUGCAUGCAAGUAUAUGACUCCGCAUUCACCUCUGAACAUCUGUGACCCAAGCGCGAAUUCAAACGGUAACGGUGUUGUAGACAACAUGCUCCUGCAUCCUAUCCAGGUAAACCAGCUCACUGCGCAACUCUCUGAAGCAGAGCAGCAGAUAGCUGCUCAUCUUGCUAACAUAGAACGACUUCAGAAUGCAAACACUGGUUUGGAGGAAACGAUCCGGACGCUUGAGGAGCAAUUGAGUUUACGGCAUCAGUAGCAGUACUUCCUUGUCUCAAUUUCCAAUUUCGAAUGUGAACAUGAACAACAACAAUGUCGAGCAGCAAGAUAAUAUUUCAGUUCUAAAAUUUCCAAUUCCAAAGACUCUUAGACAUAAAGUUAGCAGAAAAUUGAAAUUCGAAUUUCUUCCCACCCUCUUCUUCUAACCUCCAUCGAAAAAGAAGCCCUAGCUACUCUACGAGUCAAAUCGCGCGCCGCCAGUGAAUCAGGCAUGGAGAAGGACGUCGCAAUCGCGCAAUUGAAGGCUCAGAUGGCUGACUUUGAAUUGCGCGCCAACCACGCCGAAAGCCGUUGCGCACAAGCGGAGGUGGACGUAGCGAGAUUGCAAGCAGAAAGUUAAGGCUUAGAAGAAGUAGGUACCCUAAAAAUCGAUGAAAAUGAAUCCUCUGAAGAAUCUCAAUCUUGGAGCGGAGCUGUUCCAUGCAUUAAAUAAGGGGGAAAGAACUUCUAGACCAUGAGUGUGAGCAACAACAUGGAUUUGGGUGAGUCUGCUCUAAGAAAGGGAUGCAGCCGCAGAAGAGCUUGAAGCCUACAAACAAGCGCCUCCAGAAGUGGAAUCGCCUGAGGCUUUAGCGUAUCUCGAGCUAAUGGCCAUGUUGGAGGAAGAGGGACGCAAGGCAAGGGAAGAACUUGGUAUAUUAUGGGGGGAAGAAGCGUAUCGGUAUCCUUUAGCUUUAAAUUUCCUGAAAGAGUAAGUACUAAGAAACUCACAUUCAGAGUGUUGAGAAAGCAUGAUUUCAAAUCAUGUUAGUGUGUUGAGUCAGAGAAAUUGGUCCUUUUUGUUUACAACGCUUGAUCUGUACCACCUUCUUGCACUUCUAAGUCCACCCGAAAGCGAAAAAGAGGAAGAACCUGCGUCGCCAGAAGAUUCUCCAAAGGUCCCGGUCCCGGUCGAUGACCUCCAAGCCAAAGCUCAAGCCGAAGUAGACGAGAAGAAAAGACAGGCCUUAGCCAAAGCCAAGUCGCGGCUUGAGGAUAAUAGCCACAUGCGAGAAAAGAUCGUCACAGAAGAGGUGACAGUGCAAGUGACUGAGAUCAAGGAAAAGGAAAAGAAGCAGAUGGAACAACACUUCGAAAAAGCGAUUCGUGCUAGUGAGGAAGCCAUUAGCGCUUUGAACGAGCAGAUAGAGGAGCAGGCGAGCAUGAUGAGGGAGAUGGAGACGAAGAUGGACGUGCUGCAGGAAGAAGUGAUCAAAGCGCGGGAGAAGAAGAAACGAGGGAAGAAGCCGACUGUGCCAGAGAUGAGCCCUGUUUUCGAACGCUUGUGGGAUGAUGUGCGAGAGCGAUGGGACAGGCGCAAGAGACUGCUAGAAAGUGGCCGCCAUGCCACAGCGGAGAAACUACGCGCAUUGACCUUGUACUCACAAGCUGCAUCUUCUAGUAUCCGUGGAGGAGGUAGUCGUGCUGAAAUUCUGAACGAAGCGAAAAAGGCUGCAGCCAAAUACAUGACGCGCCUUCGCGAGAGUGGAGGAACUGUUCCUGUACUCCUAUCCUCUGCGAUGAUCGAUAAGGUGAUCGCCGUCAAAAAGCAGGCGCCGACGAGCAGGAUCUUGCUCGAGUUGCACACUGGACCUGGAGAAGGCUUCUUUAACAACAGUCCCACUAGAAGGAAUAUGCCUAGACCAGCAUCGUCUCCCGUUUUAGGAGUAGGAUUUAGAGAACAGCAAGGGGGCAGUUCAUCAUCGACAGCGAAAUAUGCGGGUUGGGCUACGCAAGAUAACGUGAGCUUCCUAGAACAGGGCACUUUAGACGAAGACACAUCAAUCUGGGGUGUUGGAGGUACAGCUGGCGGUCUCACUCAAACAUCUACGUCGGUGGUCUUCGACGAACCUGAGGAGAUCCUUGGUGCGCAGAAAAACAAAGGCCGAGCAUCCCUUGUCAUUGGGGGAGUACAAGUAGUUGCACCACGUGGCACAGGCACAGGAGCACCAGGCGGAGGACGAGUUCUUGGACAGCUAGAAACUACACAAACAACUGAAGGUCCCCCACCUUUACAAAAACAUAGAAACUUGUCACCUCCAGCGCAGACGCGUUUACACCACGCAGAGAUUUAUUGGGCAGACAGGCGGAACAAGCGGGAAGAUGUCGUACGGGAAGUCCUUCAUAUCGCCUCCCCAGCACCUCCGCCUGACCGAUCACCUGCAACAUCGUCUAAUCGCAAUAGGUCGAGAAGCGAAGAAGGCAGUCGUGGUGGGAGUAGAAGUCCACCUAGUGCUGAUGAAGAGGAUCUACGAGGUUACACGACUCGUCAUCGAGGAAGACAUCGACAAGGACCUACAAUUGUUGAUCAAUUGCAAGAGCUACGGCAGAUUAUCGAAGAUGAAGCAGCGACAAGUAGUGGAAUAAACAUAAACGACCCUUCUUCAGAAGUAGGUCAGGAGAAGAGAAUGACAUCUGGUGCUGAAAGAGAGGAGCAUCGGAGACAGCUUCUAGAACUUGAAGAAAUGCAUAGAAAAAUGCUUAUGCAACAAGACGGACGUCAGCGACCGGCGACAUCUGGCGGCACAUCGAUAAAGAAGACUAUAGAGCAGCAUGAUGAACCAUUUCUUGACAAAUUCCAAAUAAAAGCUGAGGAAAGUAGACCAUCGAAAUCUUCCAAGAGGCCAACAACUGGCGGUGGCUUAGCGGGUUCGAAUCCAGCAAUCAAUAUCCUACGGAAUCCGUUAAGUCAGCAAGCAAGGCCUCUCUCUGUCGCUUCUACAGCGCGGAGGAAAGACCACAUCUCUCCACGGGCGAAGGUAUUGAAGUGGCGCACAGUAGACACAGGAGCAAAUAUGCUACACCUCGAGACGCUAACGCCGGGAAGUCGCGCCUCCAAACACGCGGCUUUGAGCAAUAGGCCGACUUCUUCUGCCUCGGCAGGUGGAGUAAUUCAGGGCGGUGCUAGGAAAAAGCCUGGAGGAGGUGUGGUAGCAGUCCCAACCAGUGGCGGUAGUGGAACAGCAGCUACCCGAAUGUCCUCUCCUGGGAGAGGAGAUAUUAAUCUUCAACCGCUUAUGAUCGGCGCUCCUCCCAAUCCCGGACAGAACUUGUUCUACAACGACCAAGGAAGCCCAAGUCGCAAAGUUGGUCUAGCUUUCAAAUCAGCGAAAGAACAAAGCCUAGCUGGACCUGGAGGUAGAGGAGGUCCAGCCAAUAUCAAGAUGCUGAAACCAACAGAGCUCCUCAUGGACGAAAACGUCGUUCUAGGAACCUCCGCUACAACCCUCCAGCAAUCCUCGAGCUUUCUAUUCCAACCAGAAGAGUCCUUUGUCACUUUAGUCAGCGAGCAAGAGGCCAGUCUGAUAAAGGACCGAGACAAGCACAAAAGCCAAGAACAUCAGUCAAGAGAACGGAAUUCGCCUAGCAAAGACGGUAAAGCUGGUUCGCAAUUGACGUUGACGAAAGAGGAGGAAGAUCUUCAGUUAACUUUGAGCGGUGGUGGAGGUAGUAAUAUGAGAAGCAUAGAGGAAGAACAACAACAAGUGAGGUCUACGUCUUCUGCUCGCAACGUUCCGCCUGAACAGCUCCAGCAGGGAGCGUCUCCUUCUCGUGCUCAUAGCGCCAGCAGAAUGAGUCGAAAUCAUGCUCAACAUCAACAAAGUCAACAAAGGAGUAGAACGUCGAGGUCGAUUGAUUAUGACGACCUUCACGGUAUGCCUGAUUUAUCGCUUUCGCGAGCGGGCAUGGAGAUGUCAAUAGAAAACCAUUUGGUGCAAGAGCCCAGUAUGGCGACGGGAGGAGCAGCCGGAGGCAGUAGUAUUGAAGUCACGUUCGUAGCUGAAGACGCAGAUGCAAACUUCAAUCUUGGUCUUCCACAAGGACAUCACUACGCAGGAGAAAGUAGAGCAGGACCACGGGAAAGGACGAGCACAAGCAAUUCUUCUAGCAAAGCCGUCGACUCGCGAGGAGGCAAUCUUCAGUCACAGUCGCUACAACACCUCUCCUCACAUCAAGUACAUGGCGAAUCUCUAGCAUCGAAGUCGAUUACGUCUAGUACGUCGCUGCUCAAUACGGUGAACGUGGAUCCUGAGAACGACAUCGUGGACCCUGAAGACCAGCAGAUGUGGCGCACCUGGAAAACCGAAAAUGAAGCGGGGGCACGGAAGAGACGGAAGCACCAGUAGCAGUAAGUUCUUAGGGGGCACUCAGGAGAGCAGACCGCCGCCUCAGCCUACAAGAAGAAGACUCUGGAUGUUUGAGAGCAGAGAGGCGCGAAAAAUUGUGAAGAUGAGAGGACGAAAAAGUAGAAGGUUUUUCAUCGUGUACUGAAUAGACAGAGCGAAAAAAUUCGUUCUGUCGACGUAAUAUCUAUGUACAUACACAAACUGGAUUUUGGCUGUGCUGCUGAUAAUUUUCUGCUGAAUUCUGCAUGUAACAGUUCAAGUUCUUUCGAAUUCCCAUAAAAAAUAGAGCAAUUUUGAAGACUCAAACUCAAACGUCAACAGGUAUUGUCAAUCUGAUCAUCACGAAAUGUCAUACAAGAUCCUCCUCCUCGUGGGAGGAAUAGGAAGGACCCAAUUUUACUAAUUCCCAAUAUCAACAUCAAUUGUGAUAACCGUAAGCGUAACGGUCAGUCACGUAUGUAUCCAUAGAAAAUCACGGACAAUUUAGUCGAGCGCGUCCCUGUAAUCCAGUGGAGCUUCGUACCUUGAUCUAUAUCUCAAGAGCUUUUGCACCUGUAGCGCUGGUCGUUAAUAUUUUAGUUUUACAUUGUGCCUCAAGAUCCUCUCAGUCACCUCGACUUUUCAAUCUGAAGAUCUUACAUGCAAGAAAAAUAAUCCCCAUGGAAAAGACUGGUUCUGGUCCAGGUCACGAUCACAAAAGUUUUAAUGAGCGUCGUCACCAACCCAGAACGAGGCCCCCCCUGCCUAUCAGUCGAAG